UUUUGUUUUUUUUUUUCCUUCUAAAUAAUCAGUAUGAAAUUAACCAUUCUAAUAUUCCUGAUAGGAUAUUUAAUUUCUCUUGUACAUUCAGAAGAUGUUACAUUAAAACCAGAUAAUAUCAAUGAGCUUAUCAAAUCAGGCACUUGGUUGAUUCUACAUUAUUCUCCGUAUUGCUUUCAUUGUAGAAAUUUUGCUCCUCACUGGGAAAAAGCAACAAAGGAAUUUGACCAUCUCGCAGCUGACAGUGAUAUUCAUUUUGGUAGUAUUGAUUGUUCGACACAAGGGGAUUUAUGUGAUGCUCAUGGCAUUAUGGGCUACCCUACUGUACAAUUAUGGGAAAAUGGUGAAAAGAUUGAACGUUACAUGGGAGCAAACUCUUAUGAAUCUCUCAUAGCUUAUAUUCAGAAUAAAGCUGAAACAAAAUCUCACCAAGAGCCUAUUAAUAGAACACCUCCCUUGAUUGCAGAAAAAGAAUCGGAAGAGAGGAUGGAAGUAAAACAAGAGCCUAAAUCAAAUGAAGAGAUAGAGAAAGCAUUAGAAACAGAAUCUGAAAAAGAUAUUAUGGAAGCAGCUAUUUUGCCUAAUUCUAAAGGAAUUUCAGUGAACUUGGAUAGUGAUCUAUUAAAAAAAAUUGCAUCAGGUCAAGUUCCUUGGUUUAUUAAAUUUUAUGCACCUUGGUGUCCUCACUGUAGAAGAUUGGCUCCUACUUGGACCGAAAUGGCCUCUCAACUUCGUGGUCAAGUUAAUGUAGGCGAGGUGAACUGUUUAAAAUUACCAACUCUUUGUGAAGAAUUUAAUAUCGAUGGAUACCCUACUCUUCAAAUGUUUGGUCAUGGAGAACCUAUUGAUUAUAAUGAUGAUCGUUCUUUAGUUAGCCUGAUGAAAUUUGCAAAUGAGCAUGCGGGUCCUUCUGUAAAAGAAGUGAAUGCAGAUGAAUUAAGUCAAUAUUUGUCUAUAAAAGAAGUUGUGUUCGUUUACAUGUAUAAAGAAAAGGACAACAAAUUACCUGAAUUACUUGAAACUGUUUCAAAUAAAUUUAGGUCAACUAUUCCCUUCUUAUGUACACAAGAUGAUCGAGUCUUGGAAAAGUACAAUAUAUCAUCCUCUAAUUUACCUGUUGCCUUGAUCGCAAAGGAUAACAAAAUUCACAUGUAUCAAAAUGCACGUAACUUGUCACAAAAUACAGACAAGAAUCGUAAUGCCUUUAUCAAUUGGAUUGAAAAUGAACAAUAUCCUUUAGUCACUAAACUGGGUCCCAAUAAUCAACAGUCUAUUUUACAAAAGAACCAUGCUCCUCCUGUUGUCUUGAAUAUCGUUAAUGCAAAGGAUGCUAUUAGUCAAUCUAAAUUUCGUAAUAUUGCUAAAGCAUGGUAUAAAUCAACUCCUUCGACUCAAAUCAAACUUAUCUUUGCUGAGAUGGAUCGAGCUAUGUGGAAAGACUAUGUAUCAGAGAAGUUCAAGGUAGAACAUGAUGAGACUGCAAAGAUCAUUAUCUACGUUCCAGAUGAAUUUAAAUAUUAUAACAAAGAUAUGAAUGGAUAUGAAUUAGAUUUAGAUAAACCAGAGGGACUUUUUAUUGCCUUGAAGAACCUUGAUCAUCUGAAAGGUCAGUCUGUUUUAGCUGCUCAUGAAAAAGUAGGUGUGGCUGUUGUGAAUACGAUGAAUUGGAUUUCAAUACAUUGGUUUAUAAGCAUGAUUGUCUUUGGUCUUGUGUUUGGCGUUAUUUAUAGAUAUGUAACCUAUCACGCUCCUAAGAGGCUUAAUUCAGGAAACAGUUUUUUGCCCUCUUUUGAUCAUUCUUAUGAAUAUUCUCAUAAGGAUUAAAACAAACAAAAUAGAAAAAAAUAAAAUAAAAUAAAUCAUGUAAUUUAU